GUGUCUUAGCCAAUCAGCGUUUGUCUGUGUUGCGCAGGUCGGGAGGCCGGUGCAGCCAUUUUGUUCACCAUCGGUGGAGACCCGCGUAUUUGGGAGGCAGCGUCGACGAUGGGGGAUCACCACGCACAAUACCACCGGGGAGGAUAUCCUCCAGGGCCGCCUAGAGACUAUCGCAGGGAAGGGGAAGGCCGCUGUAAGGACUGCAAAGCUGGGGAUAGACAAUGGCGGGCAGAUUAUGGACAGCAGCCUUCAGAAAACUAUGGAAUGUCUGGUGGUUUUCCCCCAUUCAGGCAGGAAGGAAUCAAGCAAGAGCGAGAUCAGGGCUAUGAGCGCUAUGAUAGGAGACCUGCAGAGCCGCCACCACCUCUCUUGCCAAAUAUCGCUUUGAAAACCGAGUUUAAGCAAGAGCAACCAGAUCCAGGUUAUAGGGGGCCCAGUGCUGCUGGCAAUCAGCCACCAUUUCAAAACCGUAAGAGAGGAUUUGAGGAUCGGGGCCGUGGAUAUUAUGAACACCGAGAUGAAAGAAGAGCUCGAUCACCACAAGGUGUUGGAGUUGAUGAUGAUGACGUGUUUGAUGAAAAUUUUGUUGUUCUUGAUAAUUACAAUAGUGAUCUGCAUUUCAAGCUUGAUAAAGAUCGAACUGUGGGCUACCCGCUAACCAUGGAAGGCUUUGCUUACUUGUGGUCAGGGGCCAGAGCUACUCAUGGAGUCAACAGAGGUAGAGUUUGCUUUGAGAUGAAGGUCACUGAAGAAAUGGCAGUGGGCCAUUUGCCCUCCAGUGAGCCAGAUCCACAUGUGGUCCGUGUGGGGUGGUCUCUAGAUUCAUGCAGCACCCAAUUAGGGGAGGAACCUUUUUCUUAUGGCUAUGGAGGGACAGGAAAGAAAUCUACCAACAGCAGAUUUGAAAAUUAUGGGGAGGUCUUUGCUGAACAUGAUGUUAUUGGCUGUUACAUUGACUUUGAAUCUCAUGCAGAGGCUGAGAUAUCAUUCUCAAAGAACGGACGUCCCCUUGGUGUAGCAUUCCGUGUGCGCAAGGAGACUCUUGGCGGACAGGCUUUAUUCCCCCAUAUCUUGGUCAAAAACUGUUCUGUGGAGUUCAACUUUGGCCAGCGUCCUGAGCCGUUUUGCUCUGCAAUGCCAGGAUUCACAUUCAUACAGUGUGUCCAAAGGGUCCGGGGCACUGAACCCCCUAAAAAUAAGGCAGAGUGUGAGAUUUUGAUGAUGGUUGGCUUACCUGGUGCUGGAAAGACAACUUGGGCUGUGAAGCAUGCUGCUGCACAUCCAGAAAAGAAAUAUAAUAUCUUGGGAACCAAUGCAAUCAUGGAAAAAAUGAGGGUAAUGGGCCUUCGAAGGCAACGUAAUUAUGCAGGGCGCUGGGACGUCCUUAUACAACAAGCAACCCAGUGUCUGAACCGUCUUAUCCAGGUUGCUGCCCGUAGGAAACGAAACUACAUCCUGGAUCAGACAAAUGUUUAUGGAACGGCUCAGAAAAGGAAGAUGCGUCCAUUUGAAGGCUUUCAGCGCAAAGCCAUCAUAAUCUGUCCCACAGAUGCAGAGUUGCAAGAUCGUAUAGUAAAACGUACAGAUGAGGAAGGGAAGGAUGUUCCAGACUCUGCUGUGUUGGAAAUGAAAGCAAAUUUUUCUUUGCCUGAACCUGGAGAAUUCCUGAAUGAAGUUGUUUAUAUUGAGCUCCAGAAAGAAGAUGCAGAGCAACUAGUGCGGCAGUACAACGAGGAGGGGAAAACAGCUGGGCCACCACAAGAAAAACGUUUCAGAGGCCGUGGAGGUGGACCCUCUUUUGGGGGAGCAGGAAGAGGAGAUGGAAUGGGAAGAGAUGGUGGAGGGAGAGGAGAUGGUGGAGCAAGAGGAGACGUUCAGAGGUUUGAUAGUCGUGGUCCACCUGCAGGACACAGAGGAGGUUUUCAAGGAAGAGAAGGAAGCUCUGCUGGUGGUUACCGAGGAGGUGCUGGAGGCUUUAACAGAGAUGGGCAUAACCAACAACCCCAACAGAGCCGCUGGUCUGGGAGCUCUUAUGAUAAUGGCUCAGAAUCUAGAGGGGGCUAUGGUUCUAACAGCCAACAGCAGCAUUAUAAUCCAGGAGGUAGCCAGGCUGGUGGAUAUGGAAACAGUGGUCCAUCAUCAAAUUCCUUGCAUAGUGCACCUAGUAACUACAGCCAAGGGCAGCAGAACUACGGGCAAGGUGGCUACAGCCAGGGUGGUGGCAGUGGCUAUACUCCCAAUUACAACCAGAGCUACAAUCAAGGGUAUAGCCAACUACCACCUCAUCAAAGUUCUCCGCCUGCCCAGCCACCCAACAGCCAGAGCAGCUACAGCCAGCAGUAUCAACAGCAGCAACCGUAUGGAGGACAACAGUGGAGCCAGUACCAAUAUCAAAGCCAGGCUUCUCCCCAAAAUCCUAGUUCAAAUCAAGGUCCUCCCCAAGGUCAAGGGCAGUGGAACCAAGGUUCUUCCCAAGGUCAAGGGCAGUGGAGCCAGUGGAAUUAUAGCAGUGGUGGAUAUGAUCACCCUGGGAGGUAUGGAUCACAAGGAGGAAGCCACUGAAACCGGAGUUUGAAUCCCCAACAGAAUCAUCAGUCAUUAAAUGAGAAAAGUGACAUUUCAUCUGUCUGACACCAGACAAGUCAGAAGGAUUAAAACUGGAUUGGUCCAAUUCAGGACUAUUAGCAACAAUUGAUACAUUUGCCAUGAUUUUUCCCCUCCCAAAAACCAAAACCACCAACAAUCGACCUGUCUGCAUGCGAAGGAUACAAAAAAUAUAUCCCAAAAACUCUACAAUUCAGUUAAAAAGUUAAUCUUAUUCAACAUAGAAUUAAAAGAGUAGCCAAUCGAUAUUCCGCCUUACGUAUUUCAUACCUGCUGGUACUUAUUCAUAGGCAUUCGGAAUAAGUACCAGUGGGUAUGAAACGCGUAAGGAGGAAUAUAUAUUGGUCUGUAUGCCUACUCUUUUAAUUCUAUGUUAAAUAAAGAUUAACUUAAUUGUAGAGUUUUUGGGAGAUAUUAUUUUGUAUCCUGUGAACUGGGGGCUAUAUCCCAGCAACUGGCCCUUUAGACAGGCCUUAUAGACUGCAGCAGACAAGCGCUAUUAUAUUUCUGGAUGCAUGCAAAGGAGCCUAAUAUCUGGAACUUUAUUAAUUUGUCUUUUAAUAUUUAGCGUUCGCAAGUACACCAUAAGUUUUUGCAUCUAAGUGGGUGAAAGGAAUUCUUUAGUUCUGAAGAGCCAUUUAAAACUAAUCAUACAUUUUAAUGUGAAUUCUGCUCUUUUCUGUCUUAAGAAUAGAUAAUUUAUCAAAGAGCAAUAUUGCCUUCAAACAUUGUAACAAUCUGUGUUUCUGAGACCGCCACCCUUUCCUUCAAAAACAACUACAACGCUUUGUUUUUACAUUCGUACGUAAGGUGCAUUGUGUAUUAUAAUAUAACUACCUUAAAAAAAAAGCAUCAUUCUGUUUUAACGUAGAAUAAUAAUGUUUUAUUGUGGUGUCAGUUGUUAAAUAGUUUUGCCAUUUCAAAUUCCUUUGUGUAUGUCCAGGUAAAAAUAGGCAGUUUUCCACAUCACAUUAGCAGCUAAUCCGUUGAGAGCAUUUGUAACUGUUUUGUUUUUAUUCUAUUUUUUUUUUUUUUAAUUUGGGAAUAAGUGAAUAUUGAAUUUUGAAAUGUU